UUGCUGUUUGAGAAAAUAUAGAUGCGCUGCAAGAAAGGGGGGGGGGACUGCAAGUGGUAUCAUCAUCGGCACCACCAUGGUAAGUUUGAAAUAGCAUAGAUUACACCGAAUACCAUGUUCUUUCUUUUUGGCCCAUGAGCUUCUGCCCUUCGCAAAUCUGAUCCCGCUAUAGCAUGCAUAAGCUGAGCUGACAUGAUAUUUCGCCUACACCUUUUUUUUUCAAGCAACGAUGGCUGUUAAUAAUCAGAAACAGCGCUAGGGUGAAACUAGGGGCCAGAGGCGAUGACACUUAGAAGCUUAAUUUUGUCAAACCAUCAUGACGACAUGUAAGUUUUGUGACUUAGCACUUUGCCCUCGCAAGUCAGUCUAUCCGGAAUCGUACUUGUAACCCACAGCGUCAAAACUAUACUCCUUCCUCUUUGCCAACAUGACACAAGAUUCCGUUGAUGGUUGUAAAGCGGUCUAUGUUGGCAAUUUGGAUUCUCGAGUCAAUACCGCGAAAUUAGCUGAUCUAUUUCCCGCAAAGGAUCAGAUUAGACGAAUGAAGAUUUUACCUGAUAGACACCAUGGCAACGAGGUCAAGAGUUAUGCCUUUAUAGAAUACAAUGAUCAUCCGUCGGCGGAAGCAGCUCUACGAAUGAUGAAUGGUAAAAACAUCAUGGGUAAAACAAUACGCGUGCACUGGGCAACUCAAGGUCAAGUUCACAAAGAAGAUACCUCACAGCACCACCAUAUAUUUGUCGGUGAUCUCUCUUCCGAGGUCACCGAUACCACGUUAAGCGAAGCCUUCAAUAUGUUUCAUAGUAUGUCGGAUGCAAGAGUCAUGUGGGAUCAGAAUUCCGGCAAGUCGCGGGGUUUCGGAUUCGUUAGCUUUGAAGAUCGAAUGGACGCAGACAAAGCCAUUGGUAGUAUGAAUGGCGUGGUAUUGGGUUCCAAAGCUAUUCGAUGCAACUGGGCCAAUCAGAAAAAUACUAGACGAGACUCCACAAUCAGCUAUGCAUUAUCGUAUGAGCAAGUCUUGCGACAAACACAUAUAUCUCACACAACUAUCUAUGUCGGUAAUUUACCGCAUUUCAUCAAGGAGCAUGAGCUAGUUCCCUUUUUCCAGCAAUAUGGAUAUGUAAUGGACAUUCGCUUGCAGGGCGAGCGAGGAUUUGCAUUUGUAAAACUGGAUACUCAUAUUAAUGCAGCGAUCGCAAUUGUGUCAUUACAGGGAGUCAACAUAGCAGGAAGGCCAGCUCGACUAUCGUGGGGAAAGGAUCGAAGUACAGCCACUGCUACCGCUACUACAUACCCCUAUCCAACAGCUGCACCCGCACCGUAUUUAACACAGAUUCCAGCUGCUCCUACGGUUUGGGUGGAUUCGAAUGGUCAACAAGCAGGAUUGCAGCCUUGGAUGGGAGUGUAUUAUCCACCAUUUCCACCUCAAUAUCAUGCGGCAAACGAGCCGCUAAUAGAAGACACAUCAUAGAAAAAGCACAGUAUUUCAGCCUACAUUCCUACUCUGCAUGCUAAAACCUUUUUUUGUGAAAUAAUAGAUAGUGCAAUGGUAGAGAAAUAGCUAUAUCUGAUUGAUUUUCAUGUAACCUCUCAGAUAGUUGGUGCUUAGAAGCUGAAAAAGAAAGCACCCAACGAUGCCCACUUAUAAAAGUUUCAUUCUCCGCAACCCAUAAAACAUAUCCCGAACUGU